AUGCAGAUCGCCUUCUUCAGUACUCGCAAGUACGAUCGUGACUCGUUUGAAGCCGUGUACGGCGACUCCAAGGACAUCGAGUUUCACUUCAUCGAGCCCUCUCUCGACGUCAAGACUGCUGUCCUCGCCGAGGGGUGCGAUGCCGUGUGCAUCUUUGUCAACGAUGACGCGAGUGGGCCCGUUCUCGAGAUCCUGAAAGACAAAGGCAUCAAGUAUAUCGCACUUCGAUGUGCUGGAACAAAUAACGUCGAUAUCAAGAAGGCAGAGGACCUCGGCCUUACGGUCGUCAGUGUACCAUCUUAUUCUCCGGAAGCCGUCGCAGAGUUUGCCGUUGGCAUGAUCCUUACACUUUCACGCAAGUACCACAAGGCAUACCACCGCGUAAGAGAUGGCAAUUUCUUGCUCGAUGGGCUCUUGGGCCAAAAUAUCAACGGCAAGACGGUCGGAUUGAUUGGCACAGGAAGAAUAGGUCUUUGUACAGGCAAAAUCCUCUCCCUGGGCUUCGGUGCGACCGUGAUCGCAUACGACCCAUACCCAGCACCAGCUGAAGUAGCACAAAAACACGGGAUCACCUAUGUCCAGCAACUCGACGAGCUACUGGAACGCUCGGACAUGAUCUCAAUCCACUGCCCACUCCUCCCCAGUACACGACAUGUAAUCAACGAAGAGACUAUCGGAAAGAUGAAGAAUGGCGUCAUUCUCGUCAAUACCUCGCGUGGUGGGCUGAUUGAUACCAGCGCGCUCAUCAAGGGUCUCAAAGAGAACAAGUUUGCGGCGGUCGGAAUGGAUGUGUACGAGAAAGAGUCGGAGUACUUCUUCCGUGACUCGAGUGAAAAGGUCAUCCAGGACGAUCAACUUAGCCGCCUACUCAGCUUCCACAACGUCUUUGUGUCGGGCCAUCAAGCAUUUUUCACCAUUGAGGCUCUCCAUGGUAUUGCCGAGACGACGCUCUCGAAUCUGCGCUCUUUGGCCAAGGGCGAGCAAUGCAAGAAUAUUGUCAAGUCUUCCAAAUAA